GCGCCAUGAUGUCGUACCGGCCCCGCGACGACGGCCGCGACAUGGAGCUGCCGCUGCGCAAGACCCGGCGACCGUCCCGCACAGUGGCGCCAGGCCUCGCCUCCUACGGCCGCUUCGUAGCCCUCGGCCUUGGCAUCCUCCUCCUCUGCACCUAUGGCCUCUACUACCAGGUCCAGUACCUCGUCGCCACCCAGUCGCCGGCGCUGCACACGUCGACGCUCGAACAGAUCAAGUACGUUGAGCGAAGCGUGCGCGAGGUCGUCUGGGAAGGCCGCGAAGAGAUCGACGCCGAUGAGUUUGUGACCGCCGACGUGCCCGUGGCCCACCGAGAUGUGCUCUUGGUCCAAGAACCACACACAGUGGACCCGAUCGUCAACUACCAGUGCCGGGGCUGGCGGCAAACGGGCGGCUGCUCGCCGACGGGUCCGCGCGAAGCGGAGAACGACAGGAAAUGCCACGAAGCCAUCAAGGGCGGCAGCUCGGGCUACUGCGAGUUCUUCGACCCGGCGACCAACCGCACGUUACACCUCCUCGAGAGCACGUGCACGACGUUUCGCGGCGACGCGCGCUUCUCAUGCAACAUGGCCAAGGACAUCCUCAUGUUCCACAAGCACGCCGACAACUACCGCCACCCGUACUUGCUCGACGGGCCCAAAGACGCCAUGCGCUACCUCAACCACUCUGAAUACACGGGCCCGAUGCCGCACGACGAUGACGUCGAUGCGUCGACGAUGACGCGCAAGUGGUACGACAAGCACCCGACGGUCCAAAAGGUGUACCCGACCAACGGCAUCGUCAUGGUCGUCUACGAGAAGGCGCUCGUGUCGCUCUACGCAUCAGUGCGGCUACUGCGGACGGUGCACAACUCGACGCUGCCCAUCGAGCUCUGGUACCGGGCCGACGAGCUCUCGGUCGACCACCCGGUGCUCUCCAACCUCCUGAGCAGCUUCCGGGACAUUCGUCUCCGCGAGAUCCGUGACCCGCGCGCCAUUGGCUUCUACGUCAAGCCGUACACGCUCUUCUUCUCCCACUUUGAGAACGUCUUGUUUCUGGACGCGGACAACUUUCCACUGCGCGACCCGGCGUACCUCUUCCAUUUGCCCGAGUUCACGGCCACGGGUGCGAUUUUCUGGCCGGAUUUCUGGCAUCCGCGCAACACGAUCUUCAACCUCCACGACGACUCGAUGGUGUGGCCGAUGCUCAACCUCUCGUACGUCGACAUGAUGGAGCAAGAGUCGGGACAGCUCCUCCUCUCGCGGUCGCGCCACGAGAAGGCGCUGCACAUGCUCAUGUUUUACGCGUUCCACCGCAUGGCGCCGCAGCCGCAGCCGGAUACGUUCCCGACGGAGCCCGUGCCGACAACCGCGGUCGAGGACAGCGACUUCGAAGACUACGAAGACCCAGAAGUGGACCCGUUGCACACGAUCCCCAACAUGAUCCAAGGCCUCAAGCUCGCGUGGGGCGACAAGGAUCUCUUCCGCUUUGCGUGGCUCAAAACCAACGCGACCUUUCACAUGAUUGCGACGCCACCGGGCGCGGUCGGUCUCUGGGGCUGGAUCAAGUACAUGCGCCCCGACGCGACGCCGUUCCAGCGCUUCUGCGGCCAGAGCAUGCUGCAGUACGACACGACGGGCGAGAAGCUGUUUCUGCAUCGGAACACCAUCAAGCUCGGCGUCACGGAAGCGUCGCGGUCGCCGCAGUGGCAGUACAUCCAGACGCUCCGAGAAGGCGUGAGCCUCGCCAACUACACGGUCAACUGCUGGGUUGAGAACACGUACUCGUGCUUUGGCCGCACCGAAGGCACGAACGACCACUUUACGGGCGAGCUGGCCGACAACGCGGUCGUAUCGCUCGAGCAGUCGAUUCUGGCGUUUGCCGAAGCUGGCGCGGCGCUGGUGCCGGCGACACCCGCGCCCUCCAUCGCGUCGCUCGAUGCAUCCGAUGACAACGACAAGAUGAUCCCCGGCAUGCAACACGGCCGGCGCUACCAGGAAUAAAACUGUCCUUGGCGGCGUAGACACUAACUUAGAAACA